AUGACCAAGCAACAAGUUCUUUUCAUUGGUGACUUGAACCAUUCACUUCCAGAGUUCAAAAGAUUUCAGGCCAAGUAUGAAUGUCUCGAGUACAAAAUGACUACGAGGGGGCAAUUUGUCGAAGACUUAAAAACAAAGUUUUCCCACAUCAGCGCUAUCUAUGGAGCCUGGCUUGGGUUUGUUCCAAUUGGUGGCUUCAGGACGGUUAUUGAAUAUGCACCAUCUAGUUUGAAAGUCUUGGCCUUUUGCUCAGUCGGGUAUGAUCACCAAGAUGCACAUGAGCUAGCACAAAGAAAUAUUGCAAUGACGAAUGUUCCUAGUGAUGGAGCAGCUGAACCGGUGUCUGAAUUGGUAGUUUAUUUUACGAUCACUGGGUUUAGACAAUUACACAUGUAUGAGAGACAAAAGCUCUUGAAAAUCCCCGACACUAUAGACAUUAGAUAUAAAUUUGCCAACGAGGAGUUCAAUCAAAAAGACGGAAAAAUAAACUUAUCCCAUGAGAGGGGCUAUGAUUUUGGUGAAAGGAUCAACAAAAGACCAAAUUUGAGUCCCAGGGGACACAAUGUUGUGAUUGUUGGAUUUGGGCAAAUUGGCCAAUUGAUAGGGAGAAAAUUACACGAAUUAGGAAUGAACAUUACGUAUGUGAAAAGAUCAAAGUUGAGCAAUGAACAGGAAGACAAAUUGGGCUAUGAAGCAACAUAUGCAUCGACAAUUCUCGAUGUUGCAAAGCAUGGGGAGGUUGAUUUGAUUGUGAUUGCAUGCCCAGCCACACCAGAAACCCAUCAUUUGAUCAAUGAAGAAGUAAUCAAAUCGAUUUCCAAACCGUUUAGAAUUGUCAACAUUGGAAGAGGUACAGUGAUCGACCAAGAAGCCUUAUUGCAAGGGUUGAAUCUGGGGAAAAUCUUGUUUGCUGGGUUAGAUGUGUUUGAAAAUGAGCCGGCCAUUAACAAGGACUUGAUAAACCGAGAAGAUGUGGUUCUAACCCCUCAUAUUGGAGCAAGCACUCAGGAGAAUUUUGAUUAUGCAGCUAUUAAAGCUCUUGAAAAUAUAGAUGAUGUAUUGGAAGGUGGACUGGGAAUUAGCAAAGUCAAUUAG